GCAAGUCGGAGGCAGAAGAUGGCUGCCUCUGAGGAAGACAGUAGUGUUGCGGCCGAGGCGGACCGGGAAUUGGAGGAGCUUCUGGAAAGUGCCCUUGAUGAUUUCGAUAAAGCCAAACCCUCCCCAGCACCCCCUCCUACCACCACGGCCCCAGAUGCUUCGGGGCCCCAGAAGAGAUCGCCAGGAGACACAGCCAAAGAUGCCUUGUUCGCCUCCCAAGAGAAGUUUUUCCAGGAACUGUUCGACAGUGAGCUGGCUUCCCAAGCUACUGCAGAGUUUGAGAAGGCAAUGAAAGAGUUGGCUGAGGAAGAGCCCCACCUGGUGGAGCAGUUCCAAAAGCUCUCAGAGGCUGCUGGGAGAGUGGGCAGUGAUGCGACCUCCCAGCAAGAAUUCACUACUUGCCUAAAGGAGACAUUAAGUGGAUUAGCCAAAAAUGCCACUGACCUUCAGAACUCAGGCAUGUCAGAUGAGGAACUGAACAAGGCCAUGGAAGGGCUGGGCAUGGAUGAAGGGGAUGGAGAAGGAAACAUCCUCCCCAUCAUGCAGAGUAUCAUGCAGAACCUACUGUCCAAGGAUGUGCUAUACCCAUCACUGAAGGAGAUCACGGAGAAGUAUCCAGAAUGGUUACAGAGUCACCGAGAAUCUCUACCUCCAGAGCAAUUUGAAAAAUAUCAGGAGCAGCAUAAUGUCAUGGGCAAAAUAUGUGAGCAGUUUGAAGCUGAGACCCCCACAGAGAGUGAGGCUGCUCAGAAGGCACGUUUUGAGAUGGUGCUAGAUCUUAUGCAGCAGCUGCAGGAUUUGGGCCAUCCUCCAAAAGAGCUGGCUGGGGAGAUGCCUCCUGGCCUCAACUUUGACCUGGAUGCCCUCAAUCUGUCAGGCCCACCAGGUGCUACUGGUGAACAGUGUCUGAUCAUGUGAAACACACAACACGGUUUCUUCCCUGAGUCUCAGCCAUGGGGAACAUCUGGAGUCUGCAGAGCCAUUGGGAACGGAGGCAGGACUGUCACCUGCAGGAGUGAUCUGCCUACUGUCCUCUAACAUCCCAUUCAAGACUGUGCCAUACCAGCUGAGGCUUUUCCUCUGUCUUUCUAGGAAUAGGAUCUGUUCUGCAGGCUGUUUGUAUGAACCCUCUUCCAUUGUGGUUUCUGCUACUAGCAAAAGCCCAGCUUCCUGCCAGGUGAAAGAAGGCAUCCCUUUUGGGGCAUGCACCUUCUUCCCUCUCCCAAAAUAAUGUUAUGUAUGGCCAUGCCGAUGUACACUUUUUAAUUCCAGGGUCUUUGUGCCUUCUACUCCCACUUUUGAAUCUGGGAAACAGGAGCAGAGUCCUGGGACCGUUAUUUCUGUACUUUUCUUGGGCAGGGUCUUUGGGAAUGGAGAGAAACAGCCUGGGCUAGGCUGCAGGUCUGACACCAUCCCUCUUGGCUUCACACAGACCAUCAAAAUUCUGUAAAGGAAAAGGGCUUUUGUGUCUAAUCACAGUAGAGUUGGAAUAGAAGCCCUGGUGUUUUCCUUCCCCCUAGGUGCUGAGCUCUCCCUCGACUCCUUCAGUGGCUACCCUCAUUCUUUCUACAAUGCCAUGUGAUCUACGUGAACCCAGACCCUGACCUACCCUUGCCCCUGCCUGUCCGCUUAUCUCUUCUCUAAUUCCAACUCUUCUGAGUCCAAGCAGUGAAAGAGAAGGGCCCAUUUUGUUCCCCCCAUCCACCAUUCAUGGCUCCCCACCUCCCUAGCAAACACAUAAUUGUGGUGUCAGGUCUGGCAAAUGAAUAGCUACUCUGCUCCUAGUGUGUCUUGGCUUGAGACGUCUGAUUCCCUUAGAACCCGUGGUUCAGGAAGGUACGUGGGAAAGGGGGAGGAGAGCAGGCAGGGUCUGUUUUCCUGCAGCCCUCAGGGGCAGUGUCUAAUAAAUCUUACGAGUGAGGAGUAUGGCCAGAUUUUCAUCCAGGUCUCUCCCCAGUCUUCCUCAGCUUCUGUAAGCUACAAAGUGGGAAUCUAUAACAUUUCUGGGCCCCUCCACCAUUCUUACUCUUCGGCUCAGCCUACAACUCAUUUGGCAAAGGAGAUGAUAACUAUCCUCUCUCAUUUUCUCCUGGGUAGUUUAAUCUGUAAAGCCCUUCAACUGAUACUAUAUUUAACUUCAUACAGUAUAAUUAAUAAUAUACUUUUAACAUGUUUUCUAAAUUAUCUUUGAGCUGACCUUCCCUUUCUGAGUUUUAUCUGUGGACUUUGACCAUCAUAUGGGGGAUAUUCUGAUCAAUCCAGGCUGUCUUGUUUACUUAGAAAGUAACUUGCCAAAACAAAUUAACAUUCAUCAUCUGAGUCA